AAACAUUUAAAUUUCAUUAGGUAGGAGAUACAUUUAUAUAUUAUAAAAGAAAAAAUAAGAUGCCUGAGUGUGUUCAAGGACUUGGACAAUGCUUAAUGGAAUAUUUGCAUCUAGAUUCAAGAUAUAUUCAUAUUCAAAGAUCUUCUGAAAACUUUGAAGAGGAAGAACUUUCAGCAUGGACAUUAAGACCAUUACCCAAAAGACUUGAAAAAGUAGCUGUUAAACAUGUUAUAUAUUUGAAAGAUUUAAGAUUGGCUAUACUUGAACAUCUAUUGUCUGACUUGAAUGAAGGCAUUGAUAUAUAUUUAAGUGUACUAAGAGAAUGUUCUGAAGAAGAAUUACAAUUAAAUCCAUCACUUCCUCAUUUGUUACCUCCAGCAUUUCAAGGUCUGCAGAAUAAAGAAAAUAAAAGAAUGUUGCAGCAUUUUAAACAACCUAAUGAUGCUAGAGUUUUUGAAAUUACAACAAAGAUUGAAGAUUUUAAAAUUAGAAGUAAUGAUACUUGUCUUAAAAAUCCAAAAGAAAGUGAGAGAUUAAGUAAGGAGGUAACAAUACAAGAAAAUUCAAAAAAAUAUAGUGUUUCCCAAAAACAAACAGAUAAAGAUUCAUCUGUAAGAGAAAUCAAUUCUAACAGCAAAGAAAGUGCAUCUAAUAAUAAUGAAAUAUUACUUAAAAUGGUUCCAACACAGUGUAUAAGAAAUAUGAAUUUUACUCAUCCUAAAAAGCGUAUUGAUUGGCCUAUCAAGAAUAAUUCUGAUUCUAGUCCUGAAUAUAUUCCUGCUGGUAUGAUGGGUUCUUCAACAAGUAAGAAGAAAGCUGCAAAUAAAACAUGAAGCUAUUUUGAACAUUUUUAAGAAUUGACUUUUUUAUCUAUGUUUAUAUAAACAUAAUGAAACUUCACUGUUAAUAUAUUAGAGAGGUUGAGGCAGACGUUUUAAACGUGUAAACGUGUAGGUUGGACG